AUGCCUGCUAAUGAGUUAGUGCAUGUCGAUGGUAAAAGAAAGGCUGAGUUUGUUAAACAAUUGCACAAAAUCGAAAGGAGGACUGAACAAUAUGUUCGAGCAGCCAAUAAGGGAUGGAAACGAGUUGUAUUCGAACCUGGUGACUGGGUUUGGAUCCACUUGCGCAAGAAACGGUUUCCCGAAGAAAGGAAAUCCAAGCUUCAAUCUAGGGGUGACGGUCCUUUCCAAGUGUUGGAACGGAUCAAUGAUAAUGUUUAUAAAAUUCAUUUACCGAGUGAGUAUGGAGUGAGUGCCAGUUUUAAUGUUACUGACCUCUCUCCUUUUGAUAUAGGUCACGAUUCGAGGACGAAUCACCUUGAAAAGGGGAGAGAUGAUACGAGCUCAUCCAAGAAGUUAGAUGUCGAAUCCAUAGAGUUGCCUUCGGGGCCAAUCACUCGAGCACAUGUCAAGAAAUUCCAAGAUGCCGUAGCAAGCUAUAUUGCUUGA